UAUUGGGAAGUAAAAAACCCCUUUACUUCUCGAACUCAGUUCGUUAGAAUAAAGCGUAGCACACAUAGAGAAGCUAGUUGAGUAGUACGAAUAUUGUGUAUGUUAAAGUAGAGGACGAGGUAAUAUUCGUGCACGGAGCUAUCGGGCGUCGCAAUGUGUGUCAACGGGACCCGAAACCAAACCGCAGCAGCGCUGCUUCUCCGGCACGUAAGGACAAUCGCCCAGCAUCGCGUCUCUCAGCUCAUUGGACGUAAUCAGUUGUUAGCCCGUAGUGCGCGAGUGAACAUUGAGUUGGCUAUGCACGCCUUAGAGCCGAAUGGAACGCGCAGAUUUGGUGGCGAUUUGUCGAAGAGGCUCUUGGACUGCUUUCAGUUCACACCUGAGCAACUGGCCGGGCGUGGAGAGCAGCCGUACAUCUCGGACCUGGUGUCGGAUAAGGUAGCGCGCGGCGAGUUCUUCUAUGGCAUUGAGAUAAGCGCGCAGAGCGGUGGCAGGCUCACCUGCGUGGACUUCAACCGGUUUCAGCCGAUUCUGCCCGCCCUUAUCAGCAUCGUGUGGCUGUGCCACUAUUGGGAUGUAACGCCCAUGGAGCGGGUGGAUUCGUUGCAGAUGAUACGGCACCUGGAGCCAUAUAUACCGGCCAUGCCCAACUUCAGCAUCUACAUGAUGACCAAGGAGCGCAUCGAUGAGUUUCUCGCUCUCAACUUUAAGAAUCUGCUGGCAGUGAGAGGCAACAGGUCGGACGAUAGUCAGUUCUAUACCUACGGGUAUCAGCUAGUCGAGCAUGCUCGACGUGCUCGCAAGUCCAACUUAACAAUUGCCAUUCCGGGAUAUCCGCUGUGCCACGUGGGCUCGGAUAGGAGGAGCUCCGAUAUGCUAAUACACUUAGAGCACUUAAAGCAGAAGAUUGAUAACGGGGCGGAUCUUAUAAUGACUCAGAUGUGCUACACGGCCGAGAUGAUUGUCGAAUAUUUGAGAUGCGUGCGCAACGAAGGCAUUGUUACGCCCAUAAUGGUGGGCGUGGGAGUGCCCGAAAGUUUGAAAUCCUAUCAGAUAAUGCAAUCGAUCACAGGCAUCGAGCUGCCUGCGGAGGAACGUGCCGAGCUGAGGAAAGUGGAGAGUGACAAUGCAAAAGUGCGCGAAUAUUUUGUCCAAUUGGCAUUAGGAGUUAUUCAGAAGGUGCUGGACGCCAAGCUAGACGUGUAUGGUAUUCAGUUUUAUGCGAUGAAUCGCUUUGGCGGAGUGUACGAAGUGUUAAAGAGGCUGCGGCAGAUGGGCAUAUUGAAAGAAACGCGACGGGAAGCUUGCGGAGAUUCUUAAUCAAAUUCGUAUUCCAUAUGACGCAAGCAGAUGUAUAGCCAAAAGUCAGCCAAUUUUACUUACUCACUAAUGAUCAAAAUUUUUAGUUUAAACAGAGAUGAUCACAAUGUUUAGGUUAAAGAGAAAGAAUAAAAAUAAAAAUAAAAUGCAUUAAGUGUAUGGAAAAAACAAGAAA